AGGGAGCGAGGAGAGGGUGUCCCGUCUGCACGGAGCUCAGACAGACAGCAGGGAACAGCUGCAGCAUUAGGUUCGCGUAGGAUUUCACUGCAUUGCGAUUUAAAAUUUAAGUAAUUUCUUUCCCCAAACUUCACGUAGAGCAGCUCGACAAAGCAACCAAACAUCAUCUAAAAAAUGGUUGAUCGCGAGCAGCUGGUGCAGAAAGCCAGGCUGGCUGAACAGGCUGAGAGAUAUGAUGACAUGGCAGCUGCUAUGAAAUCGGUAACAGAGCUGAACGAAGCCCUGUCCAAUGAGGAGAGGAACCUGCUGUCUGUGGCCUACAAGAACGUGGUGGGUGCCCGUCGCUCCUCCUGGAGGGUGAUCUCCAGCAUUGAGCAGAAGACCUCGGCCGACGGCAAUGAGAAAAAGAUUGAGAUGGUGCGGGCCUACCGGGAGAAGAUUGAGAAGGAGCUGGAGGCCGUGUGCCAGGAUGUGCUCAACCUCCUGGACAACUUCCUGAUCAAGAACUGCAGUGACACGCAGCACGAGAGCAAAGUGUUCUACCUGAAGAUGAAGGGCGACUACUACCGAUACCUGGCUGAGGUGGCCACGGGAGAGAAGAGGGCCACCGUGGUGGAGUCUUCAGAGAAGGCCUACAACGAGGCUCACGAGAUCAGCAAAGAGCACAUGCAGCCCACCCACCCCAUCCGCCUGGGCUUAGCUCUCAACUACUCUGUGUUUUACUACGAGAUUCAAAAUGCCCCCGAGCAGGCCUGUCAUCUGGCCAAGACCGCCUUCGACGACGCCAUCGCUGAGCUCGACACCCUCAACGAGGACUCCUACAAAGACUCCACUCUCAUCAUGCAGCUGCUCCGAGACAACUUGACACUGUGGACAAGUGACCAGCAGGAUGACGAGGGAGGGGAGGGCAACAAUUAAAAAGAAACCGCACUUCGAAAAAAAAAAUAUGAAGGGCCGGUGGACUUUGGCAGCCGCUUUUGCCGAUGAUACUACCGCAGCAGCAGUUCUUUAUUUUUCCAUGUGUUAAAAGAAAAGAAUCAAAAGAGAGGUGAGAGUGGAGGUUAAAUCUUAGUUUAAAUAUAUAUAGAAAUAUAUAUACAGUUGAAAGGGGCCUCCGUCUUCUUGAUUUUCUCUUUGACAUUUGCCAAAACCACUGAUAUGUCAGUCAAUCAGCCUGAAGUGGUUGUUGUUGGAUUGAAAUGGCAGCCUCACACUGGCGUAGGAACUGAACUUGUUCUGUCAAGAUAAGCUGCUUAGUUAGGUUUUUGCGUGAUAGAGAUGCAUUUGAGUCACUUGAGAGAGAAAAUGCUUGAAUGGGAAUGCCUCACAAAACUAGUUUGCAUUGGUUCCAGUAGUAGUCUACGUAAGAGAAAGAGCCCUGAAAGCCACUGAUGCUUUAAACUCACACUAGCAAACAAAGAGAAAGUUUCAAACCAGUCAAGUCCCCCAAAUUUUAGAGGUUAAAUUAGACGGGAGUGAAAAUAUCUGAGGAUUGGUUAGUUAAAUUUAAUUCCCCUCGUUCUAUUAGUCCGUUUUGUCGCUGGAACCAUCGAUUCCUUUGGAGGUGAAGAUUACUAAAAGGCAGAGACUUAACAAAAUAAAACGAAAAAAAAAGACAAAAAAUACAAAAUAAAAGCAGCUUCAGAGUUUGUGGUUUACUUCUGUGUUUGUUUUAUUAAAUGCACUUGCCUACUAUACUGUUUCUUCAGUGUAAGAUGAUGACAACAAUAAUAUCGAUUAUUCAAUAUUGUGCAUGCCGGUGAUGUAUUUAUAUACAGUAGCUUGACUUUAUUAACUUAUACUGUGGGUGUUAAGUAUUCAUAUGAUUGAGAAAAACAGGCUUUGUCUGAUGUUGAUUUCUAAUUUAUUUCAUUUUGUUAUGGUUUUUGAUUUGCUAUACCAAAAUGCUGAUCGUAAAAAUUGACCUGUAAUGGGUGUUGCUAUAGUGACAUGCAAUAUGUGUAUUUUAAUUUGUUAAUGAAAGAAAAAAAAGGAAGAUAAAAACCCACCAGUGAUCACCUAAUCUUAUCAGCUGGUGUUUGUCACAUUGAAGUAUGAUUAUGAUAUAUUUUGUUCUUUGAACAGUAUUUAAGUACUUUUUUCUGUCAUGCUAUCCAGUUUUAAUAAUGGUGAAGUUUCCAAGCUCAAUGUUUCUGUUAUGAAUUCACAGACAUGGACCAUAUUUUAUUUCUGACAGUAUACAUUUUUUUUUGUUUGUUUGUUUUUAUACUUUUUAGCUGUUCCUGAGUGACAAAAUAUCUUGAAUGUGAGUCAUUAUGUAGCAGUUGCACAAGAACCGAAAUAAUAGCUAUGAUAAUAAAAAAAAUAUGACUAAAUUAUACAUGCACCAUUUCCGUGGUGGUCUAGUGUAUUGUUGUAUCGUCACCCAUAAGUAAAUUUGUUCUUAAAGAAAACCAUUUCAUAGGAAAAAAAUGUUUCACUAUUGUUUUGUGCCCUGAGUACAGUACUGGCUUCUUUUUGUGCGUGCCUGUAUUAUUUAAGAUGCUUCGUUUGCAAGUUGACCUUUAAUGGGGGAAAAAAAAAAGAUUUAUCUGCCAGUAUUUUACUUUCCUGCAAGGAUGUGUGAAAGAUAAUAUUUUCCCUUCAGUGUUUUCUCAUUUUCACGUUUCUGCUGUCUGUACAGCACAUGGGUAUGAAUAAUCAUCACCAACAGUCACAGGGAGAGCACAGUCAGUUCGCUAGUGUUGGUUAUCGAUUAGCGACUACACGUCUUCAGAACAAACUUUAAAUAAACACUUAGAAGCUGCUUAAGAGGACAGAAAGCUGCUGAACGGGUUUACAGUCACAAUGCUGCUAGUUCUUUAGAGUAUUAAUAUAUUCACACAGAUGGAAGUUUAGUUUUUUCUUAAUGCAUGGCAGGUUGGGAGACCUUUUUUAUUUCAGAUGUGACGACUUGAGAGAGAAACCUAAAGCCUUAAGGUCAGUCAUACAACCUUGUUCAUGUAUGCCGGUUAUGUCACCAUCAUGAGUCAGCCUCCAUGAGCUCACACUUUAUGUUACAGCUGCUUUGAUUUAUUUUUAACGCAGUUUAAAAGUUGACGGCGCUGAAAAACUCGCCACUCAAAAAGCAUGAAAUCCUAAUCGGCACAACUGCUCACGCAUGUCACCGUUAUUAAAAUGGAGUUCAGUCCUUUGCUUUAAUUUUUAAGUGUUGUGUGUGGAAAUGAGUAGAAAGGGAAUUUUGUCACUUAUUUUUGUUUGGAUUUUUUUGAAAGACUUUCACUCAUUGUCAAGAAAACAUGCAUUGUGUUCCCUUUUUAAAUUAAUUUGUUUUAUUUUCCCAGUGCUUUGUGUUUUUCUUUUUAAGUUUUCAUUAUUUGGCAGUUGAUCUUUGUUUUUAUGACAUGAAAACAUGCAGAAAUUACAGAUAAAUUACAAAUUUGAUUAAAAAUAAAAGAGCUGAGCUGCUGCAAAUUAGUCAGAGUUGGGGGUCAGGGGUUGAUUACUGAAAACAGUACAAACUGUAUCCUCUAACGAAUUUUUGGUUGCCAUCUGUUGCCCAUUAAAGUUAUUUGUUUAUCAGUA